AUGUACGACUCGGCGGCGGACGUGCCUGAUCAGACUCUCCAGGAUCAGAUUGACCCGUCUACCAACAAGACCCUUACGAAGAGCAUUGCCAGCAUGAUUGACAGCAUGACAGGGUCCAAAGAUAUAGGUCUCGACGAUGACGUUUUCGCUAAUGGUUUAGACUCUCGACAGGUGCAGGUAGUGGCAGCAACGCUGGCACGAGCCUUGCCAGAGCAGAAAGAUGUUAUGUCUAUUCAGAAUGCGGUAUAUAUGAAUCCAACUGCGCAUGGAUUGGUGGAACAUAUCAGCCAAAAUAAAACGAAAGAUGUAUCAGCAACAUUUGACGGCCUCUUCAAGAAAUACUCAUCAACCCUCCUCCAACCCCCAAAACAAGCACCCCAACCCAAAGAAACCCACCACGUCCUCCUCACAGGUAGAACCGGCUUCGUUGGUGGCUUAGUCCUACAAUCCCUCCUAAACCACCCCGCCGUCACCGAAAUGAUCUGCAUAAACCGGCGGCGCAUCCCAGACACCAACUCCAAGCCAGAACCCUCCAGCAACAAAACACUCACGCAUCUCAAAGCCGACCUCUCCAAACCAUCUUUCGCCCUGUCUAAAACAGAAUACACUCACCUCGUCUCAACAGUCACAGAAAUCAUCCACUGCCAAUGGCCCGUAACAUUCAAUCUCCCGCUCGCCCUCUUCGAGCCGCAAAUCGCCGGCACAACAAACCUCAUCCAGCUCGCGUACGACUCUCCAAAUAACACCCGUAUCAUAUUCCUCUCUACCAUCGCUACAAUCCAGGGCUGGGACAAAGCGCCUACCCCCGUCCCCGAGGGGCCCCUCGAUGACGAAAAUGCCCUAAACUACGCACAGGGCGGCUACGGCCAGAGUAAGCUACUAGCAAGCAAAAUCCUCGAACAAGCAAGUAUACCAAGCGGCGUCCCCUCUGCCAUCUGUCGAGUCGGCCAGGUUGCCGGGCCCGUGGAUGCAGAUGGUGUGUGGCCACCCAGGGACUGGUUUCCGACGCUUCUGCGCGCGAGCGAGACCAUGGGCGUGUUGCCGAAUUCGCUGGGACAUUUCAACGAGGUGGAUUGGCUUCCUGUGGAUUAUCUCUCCGGGGCGCUUGUCACGCUCGCCGUGGAUCGGGAUUUGGGGGGGUUCCGUACGGAUAAGCCUAAGACAGGUGGGAAACGGAAAAGGGAAAGAAAGCCAGAGGGGUCUAGGUCUGGCGCGGCGUAUUAUCACCUUACGAAUCCGUCUAUUUCGUCGUAUACGGAUCUAGUUCCUGGUAUUAGGCGUCGGCUGGAGAAGGGGCGGGAGAUUGAGGUUGUUGAGACUCUGGAGGAGUGGACUGAGAGGCUUGAUGGGUGGACUUCAUCGAGUGAGAGGGGUGGUUCUAUUGCUGAUGGAGGUGAAAGGGAUGUGGAAUCGUCUAUGGCUGCCGCGGCGGCGCUUUUGGAGUUCUACCAGGGAUUGGCUCGGGAUCUGGAUAAACCGAGUGUGAAGCUUGAUAUGGCGUUGACUGUGAAGAAGAUUCCUGCGUUGAGGGAUGUUGGUGCAGUGAAUGAGGGCUGGAUUGAGAGGUGGUUGGAUCAAUGGGGGGUUGGGCAGUAA